UCGAAACAACCACGGCGACACAGCGAGGAAAGAUGAGUAAUUUUAAGGUGGUGGUGUUGACGGCGUUGAUCGCGGAUAUUCUGGCACUUCCUGUCUAUGACAGGUCCUCUUACGGACGCUCAGCCCAGGCAGGUGUAAUUUACGCCCAAGAUCUUGGCUACGGUCGUGCCACAAACCUGGGAUAUGUUCCUGCCAUGAAUGCAGAAUAUGCUCGUGCUUUGAAUGCAGGAUAUGCUCGUGCGGCGAUUGCAGAAUAUGCUCGUGAAGAUACAGAAAAUCUCGGCUACACUCACGCUUCACGUUUUGGGCAUUCUCGGGGGUCUGCACAUCAUGUUUACGAUACUCUUCAUAAUUACGUAGAACCGAAUUAUGAGUAUAGUUAUGAUGUUAAUGAUGCACAAACCAAUGACAUCAAAGAACAAGCCGAGAGACGCGUUGGCGACAAAGUUGAUGGACACUACAGUGUAGUUGAACCUGACGGCACCACCCGUACAGUCCAAUAUUCCGCUGAUGACAGGAACGGAUUCAACGCCGUCGUGACUCGACACGGAGACAGCCGACAUCUUGUUACAACACUCAGAACCCACGAUGCUCCAGACCAGUCCCAUGUAUCUCCCCUUUUCUCGUAUAUGCAGCACUACAAAUACUCCAAUUCUCGCCCAGGAGGAGUUGUUGCCGGAAGUUCAUAUGCUUUUGCUCCGGGCUUGUCUCCUGAUUAUGUCGGAUCUCACAACGACGCCUUCAGCACUCCGCCUGUAUCUCACAGUGUAGCUCCAACGCAUGGCUACGGUGGGCCAUUCACGGCCAAUUAUCAUGCCAAGAAACGUCUUCGACACGCAUAUGGAGGUUAUUAUUAACACUGCCAGAACUCUUCAAUUGAGAAAAGCAUAUAUCAAUGUGGAAUACAAUUAAAUAUUAUCAUAUCUUUAUUUACAGCUUCCCAUUAGGAAUUUAUUUACGCACAUGGUUUAUUCUCAUUUUCUCAGCACGGGGGUGGUUUA